GCUAAGAAGGGGGACGAAAGAUGGCGGCGGCAGGGCUGCUGUCCAGUCUGUUGGGACUGCUGCUGCUUCUGAGCGUCCUAGUUCCCGCCAGAGGGACUGGUGGCGUCGGGAGCCUGAACCUGGAGGAGCUGAGCGAGAUGCGUUACGGGAUUGAGAUCUUGCCAUUGCCUGUCAUGGGAGGGCAGAGCCAAGCUUCAGAUGUGGUGAUUGUCUCCUCCAAGUACAAGCAACGCUACGAGUGCCGCCUGCCAGCUGGAGCUAUUCACUUCCAGAGGGAAAGGGAAGAAGAGACCCCUGCUUACCAAGGACCUGGGAUCCCUGAGUUGUUGAGUCCAAUGAAGGAUGCGCCCUGCUUGCUGAAGACCAAGGACUGGUGGACGUACGAAUUCUGUUAUGGACGCCACAUCCAGCAGUACCACAUGGAAGAUUCAGAAAUCAAGGGUGAAGUUCUCUAUCUUGGCUACUACCAAUCGGCCUUCGACUGGGAUGAUGAAACGGCCAAGGCCUCAAAGCAGCAUCGUCUGAAACGCUACCAUAGCCAGUCCUAUGGCAAUGGAUCCAAGUGUGACCUCAAUGGGAGGCCCCGGGAGGCUGAGGUUCGGUUCCUCUGUGACGAGGGUGCUGGGAUUUCUGGGGACUACAUUGAUCGCGUGGACGAGCCCUUGUCCUGCUCCUAUGUGUUGACCAUUCGGACCCCUCGGCUCUGCCCCCACCCUCUCCUGCGGCCCCCACCCAGUGCCGCCCCCCAGGCCAUUCUCUGUCACCCCGCCCUGCAACCUGAUGAGUACCUGGCCUACAUUCAGAGGGAAACCGGAAAGUCAAAGCAAUAUGGAGAGAAAGUCACCGAGGAAUUGCAAGACCUGGACACUCCAGGGUUGAGUGAGACCAAGUCUGGGGAGCCUAGGGAGGCAACCCCUGAGAAAGCAGGUACAAGUCCAACCAAGGAUAACAGCAAGGAGUCUGAUUUCUGGAAGAUACUCCAUGACCCAGAGGAGCAGGCUCCAGAAGGGGAAGAAACUCAGGCGGAGGAGCAAGAACCAGUCCGUGAGGCAGCAGAUCAUGUUCCAGGCCCCACUGAUGGUUUUCAGAACAACGUUCAAGUCAAAGUCAUUCGGAGUCCUGCAGACUUGAUUCGAUUGAUAGAGGAGCUGAAAGGUGGAACCAAAAAGGGAAAGCCAAAGGCAGGUCAAGAGCAACCUGCAGAUGAUGAUGUCCGAGUUUCUUCAAAGGAGCCAGAGGUAAAGGAAAAGGAUGGCCCUGAAUCUCAGAAAGAGGUGGUAGAGGAGGAGGAGGAGGAGGAGGAGGAGGAAGAGGAGGAAGAUGAAGAUGAGGAUGAGGAUGAACGGCAGUUACUGGGAGAAUUUGAGAAGGAGCUGGAAGGAAUUCUGCUUCCAUCAGACCGAGACCGGCUUCGUUCGGAGGUGAAGGCUGGCAUGGAGCGGGAACUGGACCACAUCAUCCAGGAAACCGAGAAAGAGCUGGACCCAGAGGGGGUAAAGAAGGAGUCGGAGCAUGACCGGGCAAUGCUGGCCCUCACCUCUACCCUCAACAAACUCAUCAAAAGGCUGGAGGAAAAGCAAAUUCCAGAUCAGGUGAAGAAGCAUCGGAGAAGGAAAUUGGUUCCUAAAAAGCCUCCCCCAUCACCCCAACCAGCAGGGAAAAUUGAGAUCAAAAUUGUUCGACCGGGGGCUGAUGGGACUGAGGAGGAGACACGUUGGCUGACCGAUGAGGACACGAAAAAUCUCAAGGAGAUUUUCUUCAAUAUCUUGGUCCAGGGCGCAGAGGAGGCGCAGAAAGAGCGGCAGCGGCAGAAAGAUCUUGAGAGCAACUACCGCAGAGUGUGGGGCUCCCCUGGUGGGGAUGGCACUGGGGAGCUGGAGGAAUUUGACUUUUGAGACCAACACGCCAGGCUUCCCCGGAGUCCAGAGUCUUUCCAGACCAGCCUUGCCAUCAUCCUCACCUUCUGGGGUCCUGAUGGCAAAGCAGCGGAGUCCAGCGGAGCUGUGGCCCUGGAGGGGUUCUGGGGGUGUGUGUGUUGGGGCCCUGAGGGAGCACUGCCCUGCUGAGAGCCAUCCUCCACUUGCAGGCACCUCCCUCACCCCCUUCCUUACCUCCUCCACACUUCCUGUCACUGUCCCCAGUUUGG